AAAAAGCAAAUCAUACAUUUCUGAUUCCACGACGAUAUAUUCUCUGUCAAAAUGAUAUAAAUAACUGUCAAAAUGAAUUCAUGAAUUUGUUUGCAUACAAAUUGUGUAUUAUUUAUUAUACUCAGGGCAUUUCAGACUUCAGAAUAUAAUUGAAGAUGAGAGAAAUAAUCAGUCCUAUAAGUAGAUAGGAAGUGUAAAUCACAAUGCCGCUAUUGCUACCAAGAUUACGACGGAGUUUCCUUAGUAAUUUCAUUCCGCGUUUAUUUAUCGGCUUAGCGUUUAUAUACGUUUAUUGUGAAUAUUUAAUUUAUUAUGUUACACAAAUUCAGUGUGGGUGGGCAAUGCUCAGCAAAGAGCCCACGGAGGGAGUGGAGCCGGUGUAUGCUAUGGUUAUAGCUGAUACACACCUCCUUGGCUCACGGAACGGACACUGGUUUGACAAAUGGCGCCGAGAAUGGCAGAUGCAUCGCGCUUUUCAAGCGGCUAUGACACUCCAUAGUCCUGAAGUUGUCUUUGUUUUAGGUGAUCUCUUUGAUGAGGGCAAAUGGUGUCCUGAAAAAGAAUUCAAUGAUUAUGUUGAAAGAUUUUAUAAAUUGUUUGAAGUACCUGAAACCACUGCAAUGUACUCUGUUGUAGGAAAUCAUGACAUUGGCUUCCAUUACAGGAUAACGCCACACCUCGCCAAAAGGUUCGAGACACGACUUAAGUCCCCACCAGUGCAGUUAGUCAGCAUUAGAGGGAACCACUUUGUUCUUAUCAACUCUAUGGCGAUGGAGGGAGAUGGCUGCACGCUGUGUGCGAGGACUGUCGCUGAAAUAGCUAACAUAUCUAAUAUACUCAAAUGCAGUAGUGGGUCAAGUUUAUGCAAAGGAAAAAGGAGACUGGAACGAUACAGUAGGCCUAUCAUUAUGCAACACUACCCUUUAUACAGAGAAUCAGACACUAUAUGUACUGAGCCUGAUGCUGCCCCCUUACCUGAAAGAAACAGUUUAUUCGAGGAGCGAUGGGACUGCCUGUCCAAGGAAUCCACAGAGUACUUAGUAGAGAGCUUGCACCCGCGCGCCGCGUUUGGUGCGCAUACGCAUCACAGCUGCAUGCUGAGACAUAGCUUCGUGCCAACCACUGAUCAUAAGAUUGAGUUCGUUGAGUACACAGUACCUUCGUUUUCGUGGAGAAAUAGACUGGAUCCUAAGUAUUAUUUGUUGACAAUAACUCCGGAGGAAGUGAAGGUGUCAAAAUGCGGCCUCCCCCGCGAGUGGACCCUGCAGAUCACGGCCAUACUGAUGACACUCGCUCUACUAGUCUACCUGCGGUACUACACCAGUGUGAAUACGCUCAAUUAUAAACUAUUAUCAGGAAAGAAAGUGUGAGACUGCAUAAAAGGUACAUAAUAAAGUUGUUGUAUUAAUGUCAUUAAUUAGCUUGUAAUUAUUGUUUGUAUUACAUCGUAUAUUUAUUAAACGUAUCUAAGUUUA